AUGGCGAUUGCAUCCCAAGAGAUGUGCAUUUUGCAUAACAAGAGCCAUCUGGCUUUGCUGCAAACUGACGGCAUGCCAGGGAGCAAAUACAAGAGUAAUAUCCCAGGCAGACCAAGAACAAGAUUGGAAAGACUUCUUAGAGAAAGGGAGUUACGGAAAUUCUCCAAGUCUUUUAAUGAUGAGUUACCAUCAUCAACCCAAGACUCCUUAGAGCAAUCUGAUUCUGGGACUUCAUCUGGUGUGUUCCACGGUGAAGACUCUUCAGAACCCACUUCUAAAGCAACGGCUUCGUACGAUGGAUGUGAACAUAAUGAUCCUCAAUCAACCAAACUGCGCCUGUUGGUGGUUGCUAAUAGGCUGCCAGUUUCUGCAAUUAGGCUUGGGGAAGAUUCUUGGAAACUUGAUAUUAGCGUAGGAGGUCUAGUCAGUGCACUUCUUGGUGUGAAGGAAUUCGAGACCAGAUGGAUUGGUUGGGCAGGGUUAAAUGUCCCUGAUGAAAUAGGACAAAAGUCAUUAACUCAAGCUUUAGCUGAACAGAGGUGCAUACCUGUAUUCCUUGAAGAAGAAACUGCUCAGCAAUAUUAUAAUGGAUAUUGUAACAACAUACUGUGGCCACUGUUUCACUAUCUUGGACUUCCGCAAGAAGACCGUCUUGCAACUACUCGUACUUUUCAAUCUCAGUUCGAUGCUUAUAAGAAAGCCAAUCAGUUGUUUGCCGAUGUGGUUCUACAACAUUACGAGGAAGGGGAUGUGGUUUGGUGCCAUGAUUACCACCUUAUGUUUCUUCCCAAGUAUCUAAAAGAACGGAACCGUACAAUGAAAGUCGGUUGGUUUCUGCAUACUCCUUUUCCGUCUUCUGAAAUCCAUAGGACACUGCCAUCUCGGUCGGAGCUGCUGAGGUCCAUUCUUGCUGCUGAUUUAAUAGGAUUCCACACAUAUGACUAUGGAAGGCAUUUUGUUAGUGCCUGUACUCGUAUUCUCGGGCUGGAGGGCACACCUGAAGGAGUUGAGGACCAAGGAAAGCUGACUCGUGUAGCUACAUUUCCAAUAGGGAUUGAUUCUGAUCGAUUCAUUAAAGCUCUUGAACUCCCUGAAGUACAAUAUCACAUUAAAGACUUGAAAGAGAGGUUUGCCGGCCGAAAGGUAAUGUUAGGCGUUGACCGGCUUGAUAUGAUCAAGGGAAUACCACAGAAGAUUUUGGCGUUUGAAAAAUUCCUUGAGGAAAAUCCCAUUUGGCGUAAUAAGGUGGUUCUCGUGCAAAUUGCUGUCCCUACCAGGACUAAUGUUCCCGAGUAUCAAAAGCUUACAAGCCACGUCCAUGAGAUUGUUGGGCGCAUUAAUGGAAGAUUUGGAACUCUUACUGAUGUACCAAUACAUCAUCUGGAUUGUUCUCUUGAAUUUCACGAAUUAUGUGCUCUGUACGCUGUUACCGAUGUAGCUCUUGUGACAUCUUUAAGGGAUGGGAUGAACCUUGUCAGCUAUGAGUUCGUUGCCUGCCAAGCGUCCAAGAAAGGGGUCCUUAUACUAAGCGAGUUUGCUGGGGCUGCUCAGUCUCUUGGUGCUGGAGCCAUUUUGGUUAAUCCAUGGAAUAUCACUGAAGUUGCUUCUUCAAUUAGCUAUGCUUUGAACAUGCCAGCUGAUGAAAGGGAAAUACGCCACCACCAUAACUUCAAGCAUGUAACUUCCCACACAUCUCAAGAAUGGGCUGCAACCUUUGUAAGUGAACUUAAUGACACCAUUGUUGAAUCUAAAUUGAGGACAAGACAAAUUCCACAGCCACUUCCGUUUGAAGUUGCGGUUGAGCGUUACACACAUUGCAAUAACCGGCUUAUCAUAUUGGGACUGAAUGCAACAUUAACUGAGCCAGCGGAAACCCUUGGGAGGAAGGACAGUCAAAUUAAAGAAUUGAAGCCCAAGUUACGUCCGGGUUUACACGAACCUUUGAGAAAGCUUUGUGAUGAUCCAAAGACAACUGUUCUUGUCCUCAGUGGAAGCAGAAGAAGUGUCCUGGAUGAUAAUUUUGGUGAUUACAGCCUGUGGUUGGCAGCUGAAAAUGGGAUGUUUUUACGUUCUACAAAGGGAGAGUGGAUCACAACAAUGCCUGAAAGUAUAACUACGGAAUGGGUGGAUAGUGUCAAGCAUGUAUUUGAAUAUUUCACUGAGAGAACUCCUCGAUCUCAUUUCGAGCACCGAGAAACUUCACUUAUAUGGAACUAUAAAUAUUCAGAUUUGGAGUUCGGAAGACUUCAAGCACGAGAUGUAUUGCAACAUCUUUGGACUGGCCCUAUCUCGAACGCAGCUCUUGAUGUUGUACGAGGUAGCCGGUCUGUUGAAGUUAGAUGCUUUGGUGCUACAAAGGGUGCUGCAAUGGAUCGAAUCCUCGGAGAAGUAGUUCUUCAAAAAGGCAUGAAGGAACCCAUUGAUUAUGUCCUGUGUAUCGGUCACUUUCUCCCCAAGGAUGAAGACAUUUAUACCUUUUUUGAGCCGGAGCCUCCUUCAAAAACCCCUUCCUCUCCCCAAGUACCAACACCAAUCAGGACAUCUCAUCUUAGAAGGCAACGUUCAUUGUCAAAUAUGGAACAAAACACGAGCUAUUCCAUAGGAGAAGGUGUUUUGCAAUCUAGGGUAACCGAUCAAGAGGGUCCUUACGUGCUUGAUCUUCCUCCAGACAAUUAUUUUUCUUGUACCGUUGCAAGGGAAAGAUCGAGUUCACGCUAUCUCCUUCGAUCGUCUGAUGAAGUUGUGGAACUCUUGAGAGAGCUGUCAGAUCAUUGUUGA